UUCGUUGUGAAAUGUACUUGUGAUAGUUAUAACUUCCUCCUUUGAAUGAUAGACUGAAGUUUAUACGAUAAUGUAAAAUAAGAAAACAUGAUUUAAUCACUUUUUAUUUCAUUCACAGUUGUCUUGUUGGAUGGUCACAAGGCGGGAGUUUGAUUUUUGCAACUAGUUGGCGGACUAACAAUGGCAGAAGGAGGCACCGAUCGCAGCAUGCCAGAAACCGAACGGGUUCCAUUACACGGAAGCCUGUACAGCCGUCACUCUCGGAAUCAUGUUGAAGGUGUGUCCGUGGAAGUCUGUAAUAUAAUGACCCGGCUGGGAUACGGGGAGGAGAUUAGGCAAAGACGUGUGGAGAAGUACAGAGAAUAUGAUAUGAUGUGUAACGAAUUAGAGAAACAUUUAAUGAUAAAAGGUAUAACAUUCAUUACAGUUGGCAGCAAAGGCGAAGGGCUGACCUGCUUGCAAGAAAGCGACCAUGAUAAAUUAUUGGUGCUAAACCGUUUCCUCUGUGUGGAACCUGGAGUCGACAUACACACUAUACCAGACGACAUACAAGUGUACAGAAUGGAUACACGUGUAUACCCAGGUCACUGUUUGAUGUUACUGGAGAGACCUACUUCCACAGGAUUUACUUUUUGUAAUAAUGCUCAGUGUGAUGACGGGAAAGGGAACGUACUGUUAAGCAGCAGCCUAUUUCUACAUGAAAUGUCAAAAAGUACAACUGAUAUAAACUAUGUAAUUCCACUUGAACGCGCGGGGCCCUCACUUCCGGGGUUAGGAAAAAAUGGAACUCAUAUUGACAUGGUGUGGGCAUUACGCUGUCAAUGCCCCGGCAUCCUAAAGAGAUGGGCUGAACGACCUCGACAUUGGCCGCCAUCGAAUGUGGUGCAGAAAGUUGUAUCAUUUGGCUCUGUUGUUACCCCUGUAGGAUUUAAAGGCAGCGAAAACAAUUUUUUAGAGUGGAGGAUUUGCUUUAACGUGGGUGAAAUAGAACUCGUUAGUAAUCUUAAUGACACUCAGGCAAAAUUGUAUGUUAUUCUAAAAAUGAUCUUAAAAGAGGUAGUGAAACCAAACAAAAAAGAAAUAACAUCCUUUGUGCUGAAAAAUAUCAUAUUUUGGCAAGCUGAAAACAAUACACUCGAGUUGUUUCAAAAAAGGAAUUUGAUUCAUUGGUUACAUGACGCUCUGGGAACACUCAGAACUGUAAUAUCCUGUAAACAGCUCCAAUACUACAUGAUCCCGGAGCGAAAUCUGAUGGCAGCGUGUAGGUUGCAGGCUGAGCAGCGACUUCAAUGGGUAGCAGAUAUCACGGACAUGAUGGAGGAAGGACCGAGGGUGAUACUGCGAUUGUCGAAGAUUCGACGGGCCAUUAUCUGUCAUCCAGAGCCGAUGUUGUCGUUCAGUGCGAUAAGGACUGAGCUGGAGAUGCUGCAUCUGGAACAGAUGAUCAGAUCUAUGAACGGAUUGGUGGAUCGGUCGGAUGUUAUCCUGAAGAAGAUAUUGCGACGACAGACCGAUAUAAUGGAAAACGUCACUUUACUGAUGUUUUGAAGGCAGCUAUAUUGAUUUUGAUAACCCAAAUUAUAUAUACAACCGAAUUCUGAUGUAAUCAUGAAUUGAAAUUAUAUCUCAUUUGCUUACUCGUGUAAAAAAAGCUCUGUUUGAUAUAAAAUUUCAUAAAUAUUUUUAUUUUAUAAACAUGGAAAAGCUGGCAUAAAGGAACGUUCAUUUGUCAGCGGAGAAACAUGCCUUAAUUGCACAUGACAACAAGAGUUCCUUAUUUAUCUUUGAAUAGUCUGUUCCUGUUCCUUAUAUACCUGUUUGAUCUUUAAAUUUGGUUGGCUGGUAUUAAGGUUUUAACACUCGAAUAGGAUGUUUUUAUUUUCUGUUCUCCCUCUACAUAUUCCUUAGUUUUAUGGUAAUCUGCAUCCAACAUCAAAGUUAUAAAAAAAAUUACCUCAAAUUAUAGUUUGUAAUUUUAAGUUGUGAAGUUCGUAACAAUUUAUUCACAAAUUUCACCCUUUUUAAUCUAAAUAUUUAUCAAACAGCAUUUUUGUACUAUGCAUUUAUAAAGUAAUGCAUAAAAUAUACACAUGUAACAGUGUAUAACAAUUAAGCAAAUGAAUAAAAAAAAAAUAGACAUUCAUAUGAUGCCAUCAUCCUUCGGAAAACCAGAAAAAAAACAAUCUCUAGUCACAAGUCUUUUUUUUCAAAUAAUUGUUUUUUUAAAAAGGCCGUUGGAAAAUAAAUAUUUGAACAUAGAAAUUGUCUUCUCUGUAUCUUAUAAUGAAAAAUAUAAAAAAUAGCGGCUGUUCCGUAGUGUGAUAUUGUUCGAAAGCAAGUCUCUUAUUUAAUUGAAGACACACGUCUCAACGUAGUUUUAAUUUGUUUUAAUAUUCGAACUAAGAUAAUAUUUUCAAUAUACAAUGGUUUAAAUUAUUAUCUAGCCAAAUCUUCCUAACAACUGAUUGUGCGUGAAUUCAAUCAUCUUAUAUAGCUUGACAGUGACAGACAAGAACGGAAAUUUGACACAUAUACUGCGUCGCAAUUUAACAUACCCAGUUACUAUCUGAUUUGCUUACACAAUCAAUAUGUCUGCCUGUGGUCUAGUUUAGAGGAAAUGCAACGACAUUAUUUUAUGGCGACGACAUUAAAUGGCAUUUCAACCUCCGAUGGAAGGAAAUAGUAAUGUUUAAUCGUCGGUCAUGCGAUAUACAUGUGUUCUAACCUAACAUUGUUUAUUUUAAAUAAACUUACUUUUGAUAAGAAAUUAAGAAAAUAGUUUGUUUUAAUUUAUAACAAAAGAUGUAUUUAUUAUUUUCAAAAUUAAAUUAUUUAUACAUACUAAUGUACUAUGGACUAUUAUUUUUAUUAUAAGGUUAAAUUCUUAACAAUAAAACAUCUAUACAUAAUUUCUAAAAUUCAAUUUUUAUAUUUAUGUAUAACGAUGUUCAGUGGUCAUUACGUUACACGUCACCGUAAAGAUGUUAAGUUCCUGCUUCCCACACUAGUGUACCCACGUUGACCAGAAACGCCAUAAUGCUUUUUUUGCCCAAUCAGAAUCAAUCUUGAACAUUAUUGCUCGAUUUUUAAAAAAGGCAAAUGCCUCAUUAUUUAUGCGAUUAAAAGAAACACCCACCGCCAUCCCUUCUCCGCCAUAAGCUUGAUUCGUGUACUUUUUGUUUUUAUAUGUGUUGCUAUAUAGCAUGUUCAUAUUGUUUUGUUUUGCCAUAAUUCGUCUUACAGUUA